UUCUGGGAAAGCACAAAUCAAUCCGUCAAGCAAAUUACGGCCAGUUGCCACCAAACCCACCUAGCAAGCCGGUGCAAUCCGGCGCCGUUUUGUACUCCUCAGUGCUCAUGAGUGCGAGUGUCUGAGUUUGACCAAUCUCUCUCCACUAGAAUUCAGAGAGAAGAAGAAGCAGCAAUGUUACACGAGUUGCUACUUGCACUGUUGGGCUACACCGGCGAUCUGAUAAUCGACGAGAGAGAGCAUUCCAAGUCUCUCGGCGUCGACGCUCCCAUUUCCGAUGAGCCUACUUUCAAACUCGCUCCCGAUAUCUCCUUCAUUCAACCCAGCGAAAGGGAUCUUAUAGAGAAGAUCACCACAUUAGGGUUUUACUAUCGGGAGCUUGACCGCUUUUCCGUCAGGUCUCGGAAUUUAAGUUGGAUAAGGGCUGCAAAUGCGAGUUCUUUAGCCUCCGACUUGUCCAAGCCCAAAGCUGAAAAGCCGAGUCCGAGUGUGUAUCGUAGGGCAAUUGCCAAUGGCAUUGUUGAGAUACUCUCGGUCUAUAGGUCUGCUGUUCUCCACAUUGAGCAGAAAUUGUUGUCCGAAACUGUCCCCAUAUUGGCAACUGUAACUCAGGGCCUCAAUAAGUUUUUUGUGCUCUUGCCGCCUCUGUAUGAGCUUGUUCUGGAGAUUGAGCGCGAUGACAUUCGUGGCGGUCAGCUUCUGAACCUUUUGCACAAACGAUGCCAUUGUGGAGUGCCCGAGUUGCAAACAUGCAUUCAGAG